AUACGUUUUGCAUUCUUUGUAAAAGUCUGAACACAGUUCCAAUUCGAAGUCAUUCUAUUCUAUUGGCCUAUCAAAAAUUUUCGAGAAGAAAAAAUGUCUGUUUCAACAGCUCUAUUUACUCUUUUGUGUCUUAUCCACUUGAUUCCCACCUUGGACAUCGUCCUGGACAUUCGGUUCGUACAGCCCAAAGUGGACGAAGUGGACGGAGGAUUAUCAAACGUAGAAGGAUCAGAACAUGGCCUAAUCCUCACCGAUUCCGGGGAAACGGUUCCAAAUUUGACGGAACAAAAUGCCAAAGAUGAUCAGACCCCAGCAGCAGAUGCGGCGGCCUUGAAGGAGAAAACCAAACUGGCCGACAGUGCGUCCCAGUGCGUUCUUGAAGCAGAGGCUACGGUGGAACGGCUGCAGCAGGAUGUGAAAGCGGCGAAUGCUGUGGUCGUCCAAGCUUCCACGUCCUUGGUGAACACACAGGCCACUGCCAAUGCGGCAAAAACGGCAGCUAAGGCGGCCGAGUCUCAGCUGAAUCAGAUGAAGAAUAUUGCUGAUAAAAUCGCUAACAAACUGGCCAAGAGAAAGAAAGUGGCCAAUGAGGCGCAGGCGCAACUGGACAAACAUACACAGCUCUUGAAGGCAGCCAGGAUGCGUGUGGCGAAUGCCACCCGUCGUGUGGCCGAUGCCCAGGCCGAUUUCGACAAGACAAAGGAAGCCGUAAUGAGGGCAGUCCGCCGUGCGCAGGUGCAGCAGAGUUACGGUGGCUCUAAGAUGAACCGUACUGGAUUAUUUCUAUGAAUUUAAAUUCUAUUAUAUCUAUUAACGUUU